GCAGCUUCCUGGCCCGUCGAGGGAGGAGCCUGGCAUUUCUGGAAGUCGGAGGAGCAGCCAGCCAGCCAGCAGCAUCGGGAGGUAGCGGUAGAAACUGGAGCAACGGCGGACAAGGGGUGGGCUGCGUGGAAUACGAGAAUAAUUUCCAACAUCCAGAGACGCGGGCGGCGCUGGAAAUGGAGUAACCGUCGUCGAGAUGAACGUGAAGGUCUUUCGUCUGGGGGGUCGGGAAGCUGAAACACCUUUGCAGCCCUGAACGCUUUCCGAGCGGCGGGGAUAAGCCAUCUGUGAUAAUAUUGGGUGUGCACGGCGCAAUAACGGUUCAAGACAACCGGCUGCUUCCAACGGCAGCUAGCUGAUAUUAAAACCCAGCUAGCCAACCAUUUUAAGAGCCCCUGCUAGCUUACGGUGGGGCGAGCAUCCUCCUCGGUGGAUGCUACGGAGUGAGUCCGGUAUUAAGGUGUUAUCCUGAAGAUACAAGAUACAACCCCGAGGCAUGCAAAGAGGGGUGUUUUUCGGCAAACGAGCGAGGAAAUCUCCACGCCCUGGGUUCUGGUCUUGUAUUACUGUUUAGCUAGCUAGCUGGCUAGCCAGCCUACCGGGAGAGUAACGUUAUCCAAGGCGAAGGUGGGGCCGCGAAGUGACAACCGUAGGAAGGCAGCUAAUGUGGCUAGCCGGCUAGCUUGGACUCUGCACUGGUUCUCCUGUCAUUGACAUUGGGGAGGGGGAUUAAAAUACCUGGAGCCUGCUUUGUGGCAGUACAUCCCUGUCCACUAAGGAGGAAACACACUGCCAUUGGCUUCGGCUUCACCCAAAUCAAAACCCGUGUGGGUGGGAUAUCUUUACUAGAGCAUCCUCGUUUACCUAUUGACCAUGGCGGACGACGACGUGCUGUUCGAGGAUGUGUACGAGCUGUGUGAGGUGAUUGGGAAGGGCCCGUUCAGCGUGGUAAGGCGUUGCAUCAACAGGGACACAGGCCAGCAGUUUGCUGUGAAGAUUGUUGAUGUGGCCAGCUUCACCUCCAGCCCUGGCCUCAGCACAGAAGACCUGAAGCGCGAGGCCAGUAUCUGCCACAUGCUGAAACACCCCCACAUCGUGGAGCUGCUGGAGACCUACAGCUCUGAUGGCAUGCUCUACAUGGUCUUCGAAUUUAUGGACGGAGCAGACCUGUGUUUUGAGAUAGUGAAGAGAGCCGAUGCUGGGUUUGUGUACAGCGAAGCAGUGGCCAGCCAUUACAUGAGACAGAUUUUGGAGGCGCUUCGGUAUUGUCAUGACAACAAUGUGAUCCACCGUGAUGUGAAGCCCCACUGUGUGUUGCUGGCCUCCAAGGAGAACUCUGCUCCUGUCAAGCUGGGAGGCUUUGGAGUGGCAAUACAACUGGGAGAGUCUGGCUUAGUAGCUGGAGGUCGAGUUGGCACUCCUCACUUCAUGGCCCCUGAGGUGGUGAAGAGAGAGCCAUACGGCAAGCCGGUGGACGUGUGGGGAUGCGGAGUCAUCCUCUUCAUCCUCCUCUCCGGCUGCCUGCCUUUCUAUGGCACAAAGGAGCGCCUUUUUGAGGCCAUUAUUAAGGGGAAAUACAAGGUAAUGAAUCCCCGCCAGUGGAGUCACAUCUCAGAGAGCGCCAAGGACCUUGUGAGACGCAUGCUGAUGUUGGACCCUGCUGAGAGAAUCACUGUCUAUGAGGCCCUCAACCACCCCUGGCUCAAGGAGAGGGACAGGUACGCCUAUAAGAUCCAUCUGCCAGAAACAGUGGAACAGCUGAGGAAGUUCAAUGCCAGAAGGAAGCUGAAGGGUGCAGUGCUGGCUGCAGUUUCCAGCCACAAGUUUAACUCCUACUACGGUGACCCACCUGAGGAGCUGCCUGACUUCUCAGACGACCCCACCUCCUCAGGAUUGCUAGCUGCUGAAAGGGCAGUAUCCCAGGUUUUGGACAGUCUAGAGGAGAUUCACGCCUUGACAGACUGCAGUGAGAAGGACAUGGACUUCCUCCAUAGUGUCUUCCAGGACCAGCACCUCCACACCCUGCUGGAUCUCUAUGACAAGAUCAACACCAGGUCGUCCCCCCAGAUCAGAAACCCUCCCAGUGAUGGAGUGCAGAGAGCCAAAGAGGUACUGGAGACCAUCUCAUGUUACCCAGAGAACAUGGAGGCCAAGGAGCUCAGGAGGAUCCUCACACAGCCACACUUCAUGGCUCUCCUGCAGACCCAUGAUGUGGUGGCUCACGAGGUUUACAGCGACGAAGCACUGAGGGUGACCCCGCCACCCACCUCACCCUACCUGAACGGAGACUCCCCAGAGAGCACCAACGGAGACAUGGACCUGGAGAACGUCACCAGGGUCCGCCUGGUCCAGUUCCAGAAGAACACUGACGAGCCCAUGGGCAUUACUUUGAAAAUGAAUGACCUCAACCACUGCAUCGUGGCCCGGAUCAUGCAUGGUGGAAUGAUCCAUCGGCAAGGGACUCUGCAUGUAGGAGAUGAAAUCCGAGAGAUUAAUGGCAUCAGUGUGGCCAAUCAGACAGUAGAACAGCUGCAGAAGAUGCUGAGGGAAAUGAGGGGUAGCAUCACCUUUAAGAUUGUACCCAGUUACCGGUCCCAGUCCAUGUCUUGUGAGAAAGAGUCACCAGACUUGUCCCGACAGUCGCCUGCAAAUGGUCAUGCUAGCGUCACCAGCUCCAUCCUGGAUCUGCCAUCAACUAUACAGCCCAAAGGCCGCCAGAUCUCCAGAACGGCUAUCAAGGACAAAUUGUCCAUCAAGAUCUAUGUGCGGGCUCAGUUCGAAUACGACCCGGCAAAAGACGACCUCAUCCCAUGCAAGGAGGCAGGCAUUCGCUUCCGUGUGGGUGACAUCAUUCAGAUCAUCUCCAAGGACGACCACAACUGGUGGCAGGGCAAGCUGGAGAACACCAAGAACGGCACAGCAGGCCUUAUCCCCUCACCCGAGUUACAGGAGUGGCGUGUGGCGUGUAUAGCUAUGGAGAAGACCAAGCAGGAACAGCAGGCCAGUUGUACCUGGUUUGGCAAGAAGAAGAAGCAGUACAAAGACAAGUACCUGGCCAAGCACAAUGCAGUGUUUGACCAACUAGACCUGGUGACAUAUGAGGAAGUGGUUAAGCUGCCAGCGUUCAAGAGGAAAACACUGGUUUUGUUAGGUGCACAUGGAGUUGGCAGGAGGCACAUCAAGAACACACUGAUUACCAAGCACCCUGACCGCUUUGCCUACCCCAUCCCUCAUACGACUCGGCCCCCUAAAAAGGACGAGGAAAACGGCAAGAACUACUACUUUGUGACUCAUGACCAGAUGAUGCAGGACAUCAGCAACAAUGACUACCUGGAGUAUGGCAGCCACGAGGACGCCAUGUAUGGAACCAGACUGGAGACUAUCAGGCAGAUCCACGCCCAGGGCAUGAUUUCCAUCCUGGAUGUUGAGCCACAGGCACUAAAGAUCCUCAGGACAGCUGAGUUUGCUCCCUAUGUCGUCUUCAUUGCAGCGCCCACCAUAACACCAGGGAUGAAUGAGAUUCCAAAAUGGUGCAGGAAACUGCCUGAUGACUCCCUCCAGAGGCUCCAGAAAGAGUCGGAGACGCUGCAGAAGACCUACGCUCACUACUUCGACCAGACCAUCAUCAACAAUGAGAUCGACGACACCAUCCGCUUGCUGGAGGAGGCCGUGGACCUGGUGUGCACCACUGCGCAAUGGGUCCCUGUCUCCUGGGUCUACUAACACACACUUGGCACCACUUGAGUUCACCCUGAUCCACCCAUUUCUGAUCCAACACAUGGAUGCUAAACUUCAUUUGAACCCCAUGCAACCCGGUCGCCUCCCCUCAAAUUGAGUCUCUCCUCUCAGAAUCACGGAUUUCUGUCAAAAACUAUUGUGGAAAACGAGGGUAAUGAAGAAUUGAAAUGACUGAGGCUUCAUUAGAGACUUCGUCCUCCCCCUGCUUCCUGUUCUUAAUAGCCUCCAAGGCAUACUGUUGUGUAUAUAUAUAUAUAUACAUAUAUACAUAUACUGUAUAUAUAAAUGAUAGAAAACUAAAUAAAUAUGGUCCUGUCCUUACAUAGCAAAGGGUGGGGAGUGGAGGGGAAGUGUGGUAGAUAUUUUGUACUUCCUUUUUUUUGUAAUUGAUGGAUGGGUGGCAAUAUUGGAAAGGCAAUAGUGAGCAUGAACAUACAGAAGUCUUUAGUGGGUGCCUGUGCGUGUUGACCUUUUAAGGCAUUACUUGUGGUACUCUGUGUCCCCCCCUCUCCCCAGUCCUUUAGUCUCCUCGGCCAUUGUGACAAAUAAGCCGAACUUUCAAGCACACGGGAAGCUGCCACAGUGGCAGCAGGUCGCCCUUCCCCUACACUCCACCUGCAAUUUUCAGUGAAGCGAAAAGCACAGGAAACUUGACAAUGACUUUUUCCUCAAAUCUUCCCCCACAUCCUUAUUUAUUUCAUUAGUCCUUGCACCUGUCAAUCAAACUGUUGAAGGAGCACACUACUACCCCCUCCCCUGUCUUCCCUGUGUUGUUGUAGCCUGCACCCCGCUUCCCUCCCCAUCCUCUCCUGGUCUUUGUUUACAUCUCAGUUUGCACAAAAUGGACAAUUGAAAAAGACAUGUACUGCAUCUUGACAUCUCGACAUCUCUCUCUCUCUCUGCCUCACCCUCUCUACUUCUCUCCUCCAUGUAUGAGAUGUGUAUACUAAUCAGCAAUCAGCGGACCUGGAACUUUGUUCUCGGUGCGCGGCCAGUCGUGACAAAGUGCAGACAAGCUACCACGAAACACGGCUCUUAAACAUGGGAGAAAAAACUACACAGAAACUGACAGGAAUAAAACAGACUGCCUUAUCAAGCCUUGGGGAAGAAGACAGUAACACCUAUGCACAGCCCUGGCUUCUCUCAGGCAGACGGAGAUCAAAAGGCCCUCUCCCCCUCCAAACUUGAAUAGUGAGUUGUGUUUGUAAAAAUAAAAGUUUAAAAACAAAACAAAAAAACAAAAAAAAAAAACAAGUCUUCAUUUGAAUGGUUGUGUGGAAGGGGGCAGAAUCCAAUCCUAGAGCCACCAUUUCAGAACUGUUAACUGUUGUCUUUAAAAAAAAUAUUAAAAAAGAAGAGUAUUAUUGUUUUGAGGGAGAGAAAAUUACUGCAGACUUUGUGUGUAAAUGUUCCAAUGGUGCGUACGUCAUAUGAGUGAAUUACGAAGAGCCAGUGUAUAUUAACCCUUAAAAAGAAGCUCAGUAUGUGACAUUCUUCAUGCUUUACGAGAAGUGGCAGAGCGCUGCCCCACAUACAGUAACUCCUAAAUAGGGCACAUCUGUUGAAGGGUUUUUGGACAAUUGUGACCAAGUUAAGUCUUUUUUUUUUCCCCCUUUUUUUUGUUUUUAAAUACUGUGUGACGUGGGUGCUGUGUCCUGCUGCUUCAAGUAAAGUGUUUUCAUUUCAAGUCCUGUGUAAAUUACCUCUGCAAAUGACAAAAGCAGCUCUUCUGUAUGAAAUGUUGUUCUUUUUUUUUUAUUUUUAAAAAAUAUAUUUCCUUUUAAGUGUUGAAAGUAAACUGCCUUGACUCUGUCUUCCUCUUGAUUUAUGACGUGUGAACACACGUUGGGGAGGGGGGGAUGACAUUAUUUGUGUAAUUAUUUCUGUAAAUAAUUACCAAAAUAAGUGACGUUUUGUAGCACAAGGGAAGUGCAAAAAAUUCAAAUGGUGGCUUAAAUGUUGUAUACUAUAACAGUCCUACAGGGUUUUCAUUCAGUCUGCGACAGUCUAAAACUGCUAUUUAAAAAACUGUUUCCCAAACAAACCAGAAUCUGAUUGGAUUUUGUUCUGCAGCCUGUAACCGGCCAACAUCUUCCUAUUGAAUUUCUUAAUGAUCCCUAUUUAACGAGGAAUGCUCCCGCAGAUAAUACAAUGGACCUCUACUCUAUAUUCAAUGUCAUGCUCAUGGACACACAAGAAAAGCACAAAGAAGGUCUAUACAAAAUCAUAUUCAUCUCAUAAAUAUUACAACAUUUCAUUGUUUAUCGCAGUCCUUACUCUACUUUCUACACCAUCCCAUUCUUUGUAAACCGUGUCAUUGAUAAACUCAUGCAGAAAUAAAGCUCCGUUGAAACACAAA